GGCCGGGCGGGGGGAAGACCCGGGGCGAUCCCGACGGGGAGCGCAGGUAAGGCCGGCCGGAGGGGCGGCGGAGGUUCCGCCAUGGCGGGCGCCGGAGCCAGCAGCCCGUGAGCGGCGGCGGCCGCCCCUUCGCCGCCCGGCCCAUGGUGCUGCCCCCCUGCCCCAUGGCGGAGUUCGUGGUUCCGCGGCACAGCGCGGUGAUGGAGCGGCUCCGCCGGCGCAUCGAGCUCUGCCGGCGGCACCACAGCGCCUGCGAGUCCCGCUACCAAGCCGUGUCCCCGGAGCGCCUGGAGCUGGAGCGCCAGCAAACCUUCGCCCUGCACCAGCGCUGCCUGCAGGCCAAGGCCAAGCGGGCCGGCAAACACCGGCAGCCGCCCCCGGCGCCGCCGCCGCCCGCGCCCCCUCCGCCCGCCGCCGCCGCGGGGAGCGCCGAGAGGAGCGGAGCCAACGGGCUGGACGGCGAGGCGGCGAGCGGAGAGCAGCAGCACGGCCGCAGCAGCGCCCUGAUCGCGCAGCUUCAUGAGACUGUGAAAAGAAAGCUUGAUAGUGCUGCUUCCCCUCAGAAUGGAGACCAGCAGAAUGGCUAUGGUGAUGUGUUUUCUGUGUCCAAGAAACUGCGUCGUGAGGAUGGUCUGGGAGUGAGUGGUUCUUCCAAUGGAAUGCCCCCUGUGUCUCCACUCCAUCAUCUUGACAAGAAAUCUGGUACUGGUGAUACCUUACAACUUAACGGGAAACAGCCAAUGGGGCUCGAUGGCAUCAACAAGAAGUGUCUUCCAGAUUCCAGCCUGCAGAUGAAUGGAGGUGGUGAUGCGGAUGAUUCAUUUCCUCUGAGUUUGAACAAAGAGCUGAAGCAGGAACCUGUAGAUGAGCUUCCCUGUAUGAAUCCUGUAGCAGGGGGUUCUAUAUCUCAGAAUAACCUGAUGCCCGAUCUUAACCUAAAUGAGCAAGAAUGGAAGGAACUUAUUGAGGAGCUCAAUAGAUCAGUGCCCGAUGAAGACAUGAAGGAUCUCUUUAAUGAUGACUUUGAAGACAAAAAGGAUGCAGAUUCUUCAAAUUCAGCUGCACAGACUCCAUUGCCACAAGAUAUUAACAUAAAGACUGAGUUUUCCCCAGCACCCUUUGAACAAGAGCAGCUGGGAUCUCCCCAGGUUAGAUCCACUUCUUCAGGUUCAGCAUUUAUUGGUGCUGCUUCUGUACCUGUAAGUGCCGCUUCUACAACAGUUGGUAAUUCUCAGGCUAUGUUCCAGCCUUCCGGUCAGUCAAUGACUGAAAAUCCUAAUCAGCCCAUGAUGCAGGCAUCAAAUCACUCUCAGAACAUCCAGAGGCCUGUGUUGUUACCUGGGAAGUGUGCAGGAAGUGCCAAAGAAAUGUCUUCUGCUCAUCAACUUCAGCAGAUUGCUGCCAAGCAGAAGAGAGAUCAGAUGUUGCAGAACCAGCAACAAGCUUCACAAGUCCACCAAACAAAUCAGAUGUCAACGUGGCAACAGUCUGGGCCUUCCCAUAGUCCACUGGCAGUCCCAUAUACCAUGGAAAAUCCUACUAGCCCAUCCGUUUAUCAGCCAGACUUCAACAAUCAGAAACUCAUGAUGCCUAAUUUGGGAAAUAAAAGCUCACCGAGAGCUGGAGGCAAUUAUCACGUGAACAUUUUGGGUCAUCAGCAAAACAGUUUGAACCAGAACCCUGUGAAUAGUCAAGGCUCUAUGCUGGACUAUGGGAACACCAAACCUCUUUCCCAUUACAAAGCAGAGUGUGAGCAGGGGGUGGCAGUGCCUGGGCAGAACAAGACUCCCAUGCUGGCAUACAUCCAGCAGCGCCAGCAGCCACCACUGUCCCAUGUAGGUGAUGACCAAAAUGGGAUGAUCCUGUUGAAACCCAAGUCUGGAAACAUCACCUACCGACUGCCACAUGGUCAGGAUCAGAACCCUGCUCCUACUGUUCCUCGUGUUCCUGUUUCUGUCUCAGGCCCUGGGGUGGGUGCCCAGGCUCCAAAUGUCUCCAUGGCAGGUAACCACAGCAACCCAGCUUAUCAGCAGCAAGCAGCAGUGAUGAAGCAACACCAAAUGCUGAUGGACCAGCAGAAGCAGAGAGAGCAACAACAAAAGCACCUGCUCAUGGAGCAACAGAAGCAGCAAUUCCUAAUGGAACAGAGGCAGCAGCAUUUGCUGGCAGAACAGGAGAAACAGCGGCAGGAGCAGCAGCUGCAGCGGCAUCUGACACGGCCUCCUCCCCAGUACCAGGAUCAACCACAGAAUCCAUACCAGCAGCAGGUUGGACAGUUCACAGGGUCAUCUUCAACCAUGCCCGGGGUCAGUAAUUUAGGACAGUCCAGCUCUGGUAGUCCCCGGAUGUUUCCUCAGAGCCAGAACAUGAUUCAGAUGGGACCUGGACACGCUCCUGUUGCUCCCCUGCAGUCGGGCUCCAGCCAGCAGGAGCGGGGGGUGUCCCAGUACCCCAGCAUGCAGAACAUGCAGCGUGGGGGGUUGUACAACCUGGCACCUGGCAUGACCCAGAUGGUUCCCCAGCACACGGCUCCGAGUGCCAAUGGACAGACCCCGAUGCAGAGACAGGGCAGCUUGGGCCAGGGCACUGCCGUUCCUGCUGCCUACGGGCAGAACACCUUACCAAACUCUACUAUUUCUCAGCAGCACAACAAGGGUGCACUGAAUCCAACCUUAUCUAAGCCACAGAUGGCGAGAGUACCAGCUGCUAUGGGGGCUCAAAAUUCAUCUUGGCAACACCAAGGUAUCCCUAACAUUAACAACCAGACACAAGCAAACAGUGGCUUAGGACCAUUUACUGCCAACUCCUCUUUCCACAUGCAGCAAACACAUCUAAAGAUGUCCACGCAGCAGUUUGCCCAGGGAAUGCCUCAGGUAAGCCUAAGCACCAGCAGGCCCAUGAGCUCGAUGAACGCUGCUGUCUCUGGGCAGAUGCUGUCGUCCUCCCUGGGAGCGCAGCCGCGGACAAACCCGCCCGCACAGCAGCAGGUACCCUCACAGCAAGUCUUGCCUGGCAUGAACCAGACUGUUCCAGACCUGAACGCUUUCAACCAGAACCCGAAUCAGCAAAUUCCCAACAGAGGAAACCUGCACUGUAGCCAAGGGUACCCCGUGAGGACGACCAGUCAGGAGCUGCCUUUCGCCUACAGCGGCCAGUCAGGCAGUAAUGGACUUCAGAACUUAACUGGUGACACAGAUCUGAUAGACUCUUUGCUGAAAAACAGGACUUCAGAGGAGUGGAUGAACGAUUUGGAUGAGUUGUUAGGAACUCAUUAAAAUGGGGCUGGGGGGGUUCUACUUUUUUUAAUUAUUUCAUGAGAUAUAAACGACUCUUGGACCAAAAAACCUGUGGCAUUGAGGAGACUUGCAGGCAUUAGAGGUAAAUGGUUGGGAAAAAGACUGGAGCUGCUUCUCAAUGAGUGUUGACACGUGGUCACGGCGCACCAAGCAGGUCUGCAGGAGGAGUGCGCUUUGUCUGCAGUCUCUGAGGAGUUGCACACUUGAACAGGUCAAAAAAUAGUGUGUCCUAGCCAGCCUUCCACAAAUCUCACUUGCAGUGUUCCAAGACUAAAUAUUUUAAUUAUUUAAAAACAAAAAUUCCACAGAAGUAGUGCAGAAAGAACGCAAAUAGUUGCACAAAUUGUGUUUAGGGCUUAGUCUGCAGCUAUUACUUGCAAUAAUUAAUUGUUCAUAGCUUGACAUGCUGUUAUAGUACUGUCCAUCAACUUCUGAUUUUUGUUUGAGAAGAGGCUGUAUGCACCUGAGUAUGCUUGCAAAAUGUUUGGAAUUGUUUCUUUUCCCCAUUGCUGAAGCAUGUGCCUGUACUCUCAGUAAGCAAGUGAUAUUUCACAGUAAAUAUUUCUAGAUGCUGGUAAUAGAUGAGAGAAAGUAUUAAAACCUGGCCAGUUAGUCUAGGUAGUCAUCUUCAUAGAUUGUAGUCUUCUAAGCUGCAGUUUGCACUCUGUUGUAGAGAGGCACAGUUCUUGGCUUGUACCUUGCUGUGUUUAAAGGGGGAAUUUCUUAUGGGAGAACUUUUAAACUAUAGUAGGUUUAACAUGAAUUAUAAAGCCAUUUACUUUGCACCUGUUUCUUCAUAACUUAUUUCCAAAGGUAGUUGUAUUUAAAUGAAGGCUUUGCUUCAUGACAGCUCAUCUAGUUUUCUUUGUUGUAAAAAGUAAAACUAACCUUUGAGAUCAGUUCAUCCCCCGAAGUUAGCAGUGAGCACAAGACUUUGUCACUUCAGGAUAAAAAUAAGGAAAAAAGAAUUUGGCUGGGACAUGGAAAGUCCUUAUUAGCAAUAAUAGCACAGGCAGCCUGGGAGAAUACUUGUAUCAGGGUUGCUCCAGUGUGGAAGUCUGCCCCUUUAAAUGCUUUGUUUUUUUGAUACUGGCUUACAAGUUUGAUAAUCUUUCUAUAGACUGGUGGAUUUAUGUUUUUAAUAACCCUUGAAGCAGAUGCUGUUCUUCAGCUCAGCCCAAGGAGACUUCUUAUCCGUAUGUUGGGGUUGAUCCCAGAAAGGACAGAAACCACAAUGGGAACAGUCAAUGUUCCAAAGUCCUUACUCUCUACCAAAAAAAUCCCUUAUCCACCAACAAACCACCUUGCCUUAACAUUUAUUUUAAAAUGAAAAUGAAGUUGAAAGCUUUUGUUCUAAAUGCACAAAUACCUCUUCCCUUUCUAAAUCCACUUUCUUGGAAAACUCCUCUAAACUUUCUAACCAAACCCACCAUUGUGAUUUAAAAGCAAUUUCCUUCAACACAGACUGGCUUCUCCAGGAGUUUUCUGCAUUGCAGAAUUAUGAGAGAGGGUUUUUUCCAGAGGGGGUGAGGGGAAGUGAAAGAUAUCAUUGGUUUCAAAGAAGGAAAAUAUUUUGCUCUAUCUGCAGCUCCUUUAUGAGACAAUUUGCACUUUGAAAACUGCUUUUUUUUUAACACUAAUAGUUUAACCCUUUCCAAAUAUGCAUGGAACAUUGUUUGUCCAGCACACUUAGCUAGCGUGGAUGAAUUCUGCUCUGUUGAUCAGAUUUGCUAUUUUAUCAUGUUGAAUUGUUGGUGAAAGAUGUGCAUUGAUCAGUGGAUCCCACCUUUGAACAGUGGAUAAAACUUCACUGAAGCAGGCUUAAU